ACACACCCAGAAGUGGGUGCAACACACUCACUCACACUCACAGAUGAACACGCCCUUUAAUACAGCUGUCUUGGACUUCAAACAGUUAUCCUGAAUUAUCUCCUUCAUUAUUUCCUCUUCUGCUCGCCUAUGGAUUCACUUGUCAUAGCUCUUACAACAGGAACACCCCAGAAGGACCAGACCAAAAACCGCUGUUAAAGCCCAGUCUAGUGCUCUGGGCACUAUGGAUGUUGGUAUGUUGGAGAUCCCUGCAGAGCUGUCUGCCAGAUUACGAAGUGCAGGAGGCCGACCCCAGGGGCCUAAUGUGACAGAGGUGGCUCCUCCACAGGUCAAAGCUGACCACAGGCUUUCCCUCCCCUUUGACAUUGACAGCUUCCCUUUCUCUCAAUAUGCAAACACAAAUUUAAAGGAUGGCUGGAGUCAGGGUCAGGGCAGUUCUCUCCAGAGGCCUCUCACAUCUUUGGACCCUGAAGACUCCCACAUAGCUUUGGAUAUCUACAAACUGAUUCUUAGGUUUGUUGGUGACACCCACUUGAAUGGUGGGCAUGAGGUGAUCCUGGGGAACUACAUCGUGGAGAAAGGCCAGACCAGGCCUGCCCUGAGGGACGAGAUCUUGGCUCAACUAGCCUACAUCACCUGGGGCCGGGAGGGUGAGGAGGGCGUCUCUAGGGCAUGGCUGCUGCUGGCCUGCUGCCUCAGUGCCUUCACUCCCUCUCCUGCACUGGACAAAUCUCUUCUCAAGUUUGUUUCAGACCGAGGUCCAGGGGAGUAUCGCUCACUAUGUCAGUACAAGCUGCUGACAUCCCUUCAGCUACCAGGUCCAGUAGCUAGACAAUACCCACCUACUCAGUUAGAAUGGACUUCCAACCAGCGCAGAGGGAAGAUGGUGGUGAAUGUGAAUACUUUCAAUGAUGAAGAUUUGAUGGCUGAAGUGGAUUCAUGGACCACAGGAGAGCAACUGGCUUCCUGGUUACUACAAUUCAGGGGUGCGCCAGAAUGUCCCAGGGGCUGGUCAGUGUCUUUGCUGGCAGAUGAGAAUUGGACAGACCUCAUUGGUUGUGACUUUGUUAUGGACCUGUUAGCUGGGGUGGAGAUGGAUGUCCCCCUGGACCAGUCCUCUUCUCGUCCUGAGUAUCUCUUCAGUAAUGACAGCUUGGGCAUGACUGAUCUGGAUGACUUCAUCCCCCCUGCUCCUGCCAUGCAGGCCCCUGGUCUACCCCCAGGGACCGGGGCUUCCUGGGACAACUAUUCACAAUUCGGUUCAUCACAGGCAUCUAGAGGACGGCCAAUGGACUCCUAUGUUGACGACCUCUUUGAUCAUGUGCUGGACCAGGGCCCUCCGGACCUGGAGCAAAUGGCCAUGCUGAACCGCAGGAUGAGGGGAGGGGGAGGCAUGUUCCCUGCAUCAGGAAUGCCCAUGAGUCCUUACAUGGGAGGCUAUGCCAACCCAAUGAUGCCAAACAUGAUGCCCGCCUCUAUGCCUAUGAUGCCAAACAUGAUGCCUGCCUCUAUGCCUAUGAUGCCAAGCAUGCAAUCCAUGAUGAUGCCAGGUGCCAUGCCUCAAACUACCAUGCCUGCGCCAGCAGUAAAUCCCCAGCAGAUGGCAGCCUCACAGCAAGCAUUCAUAAACCAGCAGGCACAGUUGAUGGUGAGCAGCCGCCCUCAGCUGGUGUAAUAGACAGAACUAGGGGCAUGGGCAUUGCAGUGAUACACAUUUUUACAUACUGGAUGUAUUAGAAUUUUCUAUUUGGUUGAAAAUCUAAUCGAAUGAAGUGGCUUUAUGUAAGGCUAUGUUUUUGUGGUAGCUGGUUGUUAUAGCGAUAUUCUAUGGUGCAAUAAAGGACAAAUAAGGACACAUAUCCUUCCUAAUUAAACACAAGAUCACCAGGCCCCCCAUCUCUACACACCACAUAGAACACAAGUGCAACCAAAUGCAAGUCCAAGUGCAAGUAGUCUUUGCUGAACAUCCAACACCAACAAACAAACAUGUCUCAAUAAAAAACAAGAGAAUCCACCAGACAGGGCUUGGGAUAUUUUACCAAUGAAGCACAACACUUGACAAACUAAAUC